AGUGGCCUUGAAGAAGUUGCAGCGCCGGAUCCGCUUUCCGUACACAGUGUUCAUGUUCAUCGCGGGGUUUGGGUUCUCGUAUCAGGACGCCGAGAAUGAGAAGGGCCUCGACUCGCUUUCCAUGUGGUUGCGAAACAUCAAGUUCCACGUGCUCAUGGUGUUCGUGCCAGCGGCGACAGUGUAUGCCACGCAGGGCAUCAACCACUUCAUCUUCCGCAGAUGCCACCGAGAGAUCACAGUCUUCUCCGUGGGAACGCUAGGCAUCAGCACGGUGGUGUCGGCGCUGUACGCGUACACCUUCCUGGGCACCAAGGGCAUCAACAACUGCUUGCUGUUCGGCAUCCUGCUUUGCUCCUGCGAGAGGCUGCCCAUCGCCGAUGAGCUGCUAGAGGAAGGGCGCUACCCCAUACUGACCACGAUGUUGCAGGCCGAGUCCAUCGUCAACAAUCUCUUCGUCUGGUCCGUCCUUGACACCGUCGAGGCCCAUGAAAAUCAGAGCGUGACGACAGUGCUGAACCACCUGCUGGUGUCGCACGUGAUGGGCACUCUGGGCGGCGUAGUGAUGGGAGCCGUGGCCAUCUGGUCGCUGCGCCUGGCGCCGCAGAGUCAGAGCAGCAACACGUUCCUGCACAUAUGCCUGACGUACGCCACCUUCUGCCUGCUCGAGGUCAUGGGCAUCUCGGGCGUCGACGGCGUGGUGGCCUUCACGCUCAUCACCACUUCGCACCGCCUGGUCGCCUGCACCGAGCUCGAGGGCCUGCUGCACAAGUACUGGUCGGCCAUCUACGACGUUUCGGGUUUCCUCUCGCUCUUCAUGUCAUCGCUGUACGGCGGCGAGUUGCUUUUCAUCUUCGCCCGGACCAGCAUCUUGCCACAAUCUCGGCUGCAUCUGUCGCAGGUGGCGCUGGCAUACGGCGUGCGCAUCCUGGCGCGACUGUUCUCGGUGGUGGCCCUGUUUCCGAUCAUCGAGCAGUUUGGCUACCCGGUGUCGUGGCGCCAGGCCGCGGUCACCGUGUGGAUGGGACUCAAAGGGCCACUCAACAUCACCGUCGUCACCUUCCUCUACCACCAUCAGUCGACUAUCAACGUUGAAUACGUCGGAGGGACGUUUCCUUACAUCGUUUGCGACAUACUCCUGGGCCAGUUGAUAAACGUCACUUUCCUCGAAUUUGUCUUCAGGACUUUCGGGGUACUGGAAGUGUCCGAGAUUGAACAGCGCACCAUGUCGAGCGCCGUGACGUACCUGAAGGACCAUGUGAUGGUGUCCAGUCGAGUCCAGGAGGCCGACUCGUACUUCCGGCCGGUCGACUGGAAGUGGGUCUUGCGCCACACCAUCAUCCAGAAUCCGUUCGCGUCGGGACACAAGCCGUGGUUGAAGCUUGACUCGAAAAGGAGACCCUGCCAGCGCGAAGCUCAGAUAAAGGAGGAACACUUUGCCGUCGAAAACGUGCUCAGAAUCGAGCAGGUGAGCUAUUCGAGGCAGUACCGAGAAGGAAUGAUCCAGAAGAGCACCAUGAUGACUCUGCUGGCGGCACUGCAGUACCCGUUCGAUAAGAAAGUGUACAUGGGCGCGGACACCAUCGAAUCGCUGAUCGACAUUCCCGAUUGGAUCAAAUGGACGAAGGAGCGCCUGUCGGUGUCCAGCUUCGGCGAGGACCUCAUGGACGACACCGAGUCCUUCCAGAGCCAGAUGGAGCGCAACGUACAGGAGCGCAUCAUCGACAUGUUCGAGCACAAGUACUACGAGCUGGUCAUCACCAGCACCACGCUCACCUUCCUCACGUGCCUGCUGGGCAUGCUGAUGAACACGCCACUGCCGCCCAAGCCGCGCUCGGACGCCGUUCUUGUCAUCGAGGGCGUCUACAUCAUUCUCUUCGCCGCCGAGAUUACCACCAUGAUAACGGCUUACGGGCACCGGUUCGUGCGGUUGGACAACUACAACAAACUGGACCUGGUGCUGGUGGCCACGUGCAUCUUCGUGUUCAUCGUCCAGUUUACCAUCUACUUCCUGGUUGCCGCGCAGUACCAGUACCAGACCAUCCCCACGACCAUCUUCAUCCUGGCCAUGUCUGUGCGGCUGGUCCACGCCGUCAAGUACAUCGAGGUGGUCCAGGACUGGUUGGUGGACGUGCUUCACCGAUACCUGGACAAAAUAAUCUACGCGGCGUACGAGACCUCGCUGGCCAUCAUCACGGGCGAGGAAGAGGUGCAGCAGAACGUGUGGAAGUACGUGCCGUCACCCGACCUGGCGCUGGAAACGCGCAGCCGCGCCACCAACAAUCGGCUCAUCGUGCUGCGCAACCUGGUGGAGAUCCAGUCGCGCUUCCCGGGCAUCGCGGUCGCCUUCAAGAGUCGCCAGGCGGGCCAGACCAUCUUGAACGACGUGUCGGCGCACGUGGCCGAGAUGCAGCGCGACGGAUUCUUUACCGAGGAGCAGCAUCGAGAGCUGUACCAGAUGCUCAAGGACAAGAUGAUGGGUAUCAUUUGCGCGCCCAACAGCUUGCCUGCGAGCUACAAGCCGAUCGCCGUGCUGCGUGUCAUUCCCUGGAUCGGGUCUGACAGCGUUCGACAGUUCCUUGCUAUGCAGCUCAGGCCGGUGGCUUACGGAGCCGGCGACGUCAUCGUCGACAAGGGCUGCGAAAGCCCGAUUCUCAUUACAUACUCGGGCAUUGUCAAAAUCGAGGGCGAGGUGGAGUUCCGCGAUGACGGGGCGCUGCCGAACUCGUCGUCGUCGCUGUUCUUCUUCAGCGACGAGUACUUCGAGGACUAUCUGGGCGCCCCCGUCACACUGGGGGCCCUCGGCCUGGUAACCGACGAGCCCACCGCGACACGAGUAUCUACCGAGACGCCCGUCAAUGCGUACAUUAUCCCUCGGAGCCGCGUUAUGGAGGCGAUACAGAUAUUCACCAAGCCUCCUAGCUUCCUGUACCAGAUAUGGUACUAUAUCGCCAACAUUUUCGGCGUGCUCAUUUUACAAACUCAAGCGAAGUACCAGACGUGGCCCGUGGAGAAGAUCAAGAUGCGGCUGAGCUCGUUCCUGCUUCCGGACUUGUCGAGUGCGCACGACUUCCUCGUCAGUCCGGACAUCGAGGACAUCCUCCUGAUCCAGGGCACGCUGGUCGACGUCAACAUCGGAAACAUCUACGUGGCGCCGGCCUACAUCCCGCGCUCCGUCAAGAGGUUCAUUUUUCCCGGCGACUUCGCGACCAGGCCGCGACCAGUGAUUAUUGUCAUUUCGAAUAAGCAGUACAAGUUGCCGCUCGAGUUCGACUGGCUUCGCCGAGUGCCCACGGAAGAGGAGCGCAUCGCAGAGAUGGAGGCCAGUCGACGGGGUGAUAUUGGACGAGAGUACCGGUACCUGAACAAGCGCAGAAACACCGACCAGGACUUCUAGCCAUCGAUAGCGAGCGUCACUUUUCGACGAUUCGGCUUAGUUGGCCUAUAUGCGCAGUUUUUAAUGUGUGUGUUUUAAAUUUACGUAAAAUUACCAACGUAACCGAGAUGCUGCUUGAGUGAUGGGACGAAGGCAAUUCGCCGCCAAUAUCGAGCAUUGCACGAUGAAGGGCGCGGAGCGGUUCUGCUUUCCUUGGACGGUCCGCUCCUGCGCGCUCUAUAGGUACUAGGGGCCCCUCGGCGAGCGAGCGCCCAGAUUGGUGAACAAUUAGUGAUAUAUUUCCGCUAAAGACGCCGCAUAGAACUGUUUGGUUACGUGCGUUUGUGGAUGUGUGUGAGCGUACUGUCGCGAUUCCGUGCUCGUAAUGUCUUUCCCUCACGGAUGCUCAUCUGUGAAAGGGGCAUCAUGACUGGAUGGAUUGAUUAAAGCGCAUCCUUGUCUAAGCGUGUCUA